UCUGUUCCAUUUGCUUAACAGAAAACGAUGUAGAUGAGGAGACAAUGAAGGCAAACUCUCAGGGUUUUAUUGGAUGCCUCUCUUCAGUACAGUUCAAUCACAUUGCUCCUUUGAAAUCUGCAUUGCACCACAGCAGCUCAGCCCCCAUCAUUGUGAAGGGACGCUUUACUGAAUCCAGCUGUGGUACUUUAACUGGAGCUGACUCAACGUUAAGUGAAACAACACAUUCAUUUGCAGAUCAUUCUGGACCUAUAGAUGAGGGAGAGCCCUUAAAUAAUGCAAGCAGAAAUGACUCUGCUAUUAUUGGAGGUGUGAUAGCAGUUGUGAUAUUCAUCGUCCUUUGCAUCACUGUUAUAGCCAUACGCAUUUAUAAAAAAAACAACAUAUACUCAAAAAAUGAGACAAAAGGAUCUGAAAAUGAAGACAGUGCUGAAUCUGCACUGAAAAGUGAGCUUAGUACACAAAACACUGCCAGUGAAAAUCAAAAGGAAUACUUCUUCUGACUGACAUUCAUGAUUUAAUUUAAUGUAAUAAUGUGACUGUCUGACUUUCUUGAUAAGCCAGGGGAUCUCAAUGGACAAGAAAGCUCUUGCACUCUACAGUAGACACAAUGGAUUUGAGACCUGUUAUAUUGCAUAAGUUCAGUCUCAGUGAUUGGUAUAGGGGAUUCUUAAAAUUACAAGCUUUCCUUAGCUAUUAUACUGUAAAUGCAUUUUAUGUAACAGUGAAUUAGAUAUUGUAACCAAUUUCAUUGUUGGUAGUUUCCGACUGUUCUGAUGUGACCUUCUGCAAAUGAAGUUUAACGUACAUCCUGAAUAUUAUUUAUAAAUGAGAAAAUUUCUACAAAGCUGUUCCAAUCCUUCUCUUUAAAAUAUCAUUUUGGAAUUUUGGUCAAGGUGAAAAGUAGAUUCUAAUAGUUUGUGUUACUAAGGAAAUCCUUUUUAUGUUGCAUUAUAGUGAUCCCUCGUACUUCCUCAACCUGAGAAUGCCUUUUGAACUUCUGUUAACGUGUGGCAGAAUCUGUUUGUGAGCCAUGGAUUUAGGUGUCCAAAACAAAUUGUACUUCUUUCUCCUGGGAGGUGACCAGUGCCACCACUGUCUUUUUUUUGCUGUUGUUUGACAAGUCUAGCAGGACUUAAAACAAAAGGGUGUGCAGUGUGUUGAAAUGCUGUAAAAUCUCUUUUUGGUUUUCACUCACAGUCAAGUGAUGGAAUCAAGUUAGACUCAUACAUAUUCUAAGAAUUUUAUUUCUUAAUAUAAUUAAGAUAGUAAUUAAGAUAGAAUUCUUUAAAAAUAUCAGAAUUAAAGAAAAUUAAGAACUUAAAUAAAACUGGGACCAAAAAAGACAAAACUUUUAUUUGGAAAUAUCAAUUAAAAUAUUAACAAUGGUUAAACUGUCAUGAGUGAAAGCACAUAAUGAUAAUCGAUAUUAUUCUCCCCAUAAAUUAGUAGUGUUUCUUCUGUGAAGUUGUAGUGGUCUGGCAUGCAUUCCCUGAAAACAUUGUAUGUGUAUGAUCUACUCCAGACCUCAAGAUUAAGUUGUUAAAAAAUAUAGAAUUUGCUUAUGAUUAUUAUGAUAAUGAAAUAGGGAAUUUAGAGUCUAGCACUUUAAUAUUUUUUUCUUCAUCCAUAACAGUACCUACAGUAGAUGAGAUAAAGUCUGAUUCUAGCACCAAAGACUAAUCAGAUGCUUACUAUUUUCACAGAAUAAAAAUGAGUUGCUUGUGAUGUUGUAUAAACAAAUCAUUAGAUAUGAAAUAUAGGCUUAAGUUGUCUAAACAGAAGAAUGUAAAGCUACUAUUGAUGCCAUAGGGUCUCUGAAAUAUCUAUGUGGCCUUGUAAGAAUGUCACGAGAUUGACUGAAGGUAUUCGUCCUUUGGAAAAGACAUCUGGGAAUGAAGUAGAAUACCUCAAGGAAUCUACAAUAGCACCAUACACCAAUAUUUAGGUAACUAAUUCACAGAAAAGACUGUGUUGAUUUGUUGUUAUUGCUGCAUUUUUAUUUUUUUUUUUCCAUAGAAGACUGUGUGCCUAGAGCUAGAAUCUAAGGAAGGAAUCAGGACUUCUGUGUCCCUGUAGACUUGAAAGUUUAAAUUUUAAAGUGUUUUUCAAACUGAUAUAUAUCUAUUCCCUUUGAUAGCAAUGAUAAUGGUCAUUGUUUUGUUCCUCUUUCAGUGAGAAGAAAUAGAGUCAAACCUAGGCUCUGAGGCUUAGAAAAUGUUUCUCAUAGAUGCCCAAAAACAUUAUAAAAGCAUGUAAACCUGAUGUGGUGUUAAGAAAAUAUUAAUCUUUACAUUUCUUUCCACAUAUAGUUGUUGUAUAUAGAAAUGUGAAGGAGAGUGUGAUAAUACAUUUUAAAACUUGUUUUCUUCUUUCAAUCUUUAUUUUUGAUUCUCAGAAUUUUACGCUCCCUUUUCUGUUUCAUUGUGCUCAUCUUUUCCUCAUUUUUAGGAAUAAAUUAUUUCCCAUUUUUGGUACUUGAAGCCUCUGAAAUCAGAAAUUUUUCAUCCUGAUAUGCACUGUUUCACAUUCUUCUCAAUUCUGCAGUUCUAAAUGCAUCUAUAGUCUAAGGCUAUGUCUGAGGAUCUAGGAUCAAGAACUGUGUGUAUAAACAUCAUGUAUGUGUUACUGUGUUCC